CAUGUUGUGAAGGAAGGGGGAGCCUGUGAGGGAUUGGUCAAACCAGUCACAGGAUGAUGGGAAGUAAAGAGAAAAAACACUGAAAGCGUUUCUGCCAUUCAGAACAGCAGCUGCGGCUUCAGGGAGAUUUUUUAAACUCUACAAUCAUGAGUGAAUCACUGGUCGUGUGUGACGUGGAUGAAGAGCUGGUGAAGAAGCUGAAGGAGUUUCGCUUCCGGAAGGAAACCAACAACGCGGCCAUCAUUAUGAAGAUUGAUAAAGACAAGCAGCUAGUUAUUCUUGAAGAAGAGCAUGAGGAUAUUUCACCUGAUGCUCUAAAGGAUGAACUGCCAGAGAGACAACCCAGGUUCAUCGUCUACAGUUAUAAGUAUGAACACGAUGAUGGACGUGUGUCCUAUCCGCUCUGCUUCAUCUUCUCCAGUCCAGUGGGUUGUAAACCGGAGCAACAGAUGAUGUACGCAGGAAGCAAAAACAAGCUGGUGCAAACGGUUCAACUGACCAAGGCGUUUGAGAUCAGGAACACAGAGGACCUAACGGAAGAUUGGCUUAAAGAGAAACUUGGAUUCUUUCGCUAAGUAAGGUCUUCUCAUCCGGAGGCUUGGGAUGCGAGGGGGAUCCCGACCGCACAACCAUGCUCCAUCUUUCAAGAAGAACACACUACAGAUGUUACCUUCCUCUCUCGGCGGACCUGAAUUUCAAAUAGCUUUUGCAAAUACUGUGCAGUCAGUGGCCACAUCACAGAUGUGGCCGCUUAUAUAUACAUAUAUAAGAUAUAUAUGUAUAUUUUUUAUUACAAUUCAGCCUGCGCCAGAAUGUUCAGACCAUCACAAGAGUUUGAGCGCCACCUCCGUGAUCGUCGACAAUCACGGCCAUAUCUAAACCUCGCCCAUCUGGUCGCCUCAGUCUGCAAAUGCUAUUUGAUUCAGGUCUGCUUUCGCCUCCCACACCAUCUCUCCAUGUGCCAGUGACGUGUCUGUGCUGAAUUAACACUCCCAUAGGUCUUUAAAGUGAACAGAAACGAAACGUGCGUUUGCGCCUUUUCCGAAGCAUGCUCUCAUCAUCCGGGGGGGGGACGUAGCGUCUUCAUAGCUACGGUUUCUGUUUCCUUAAGAAGUUUACACUCAACGAUUUUGCAAUGGAGGCCCUCCUCGGUCGAUUUGUUUUUUACYUUUUUUUUUCCACGGUUUUUAUCUAAUCUGUUUUGUUCUUAUUAUUUCUGGUGUCUGUAGGUUAGAUUUAUGUUGAUUUUAGAGUUUUCUUUUUGUCCUUUUAGUUGWAGCUAGAAUCCAGAAAACACUACUGAGGUCCUUCAGUCCUCACCCAAGGGCAUUUAAAUGAUAAGGUGGGUGCCGUCAGCAGCUCCCCAGAARACAAAAACGCUUAACACUCACACCUAGUCAGGUAAACUGAGCACAUGAACGAGAAACCGUGGCUAAAAGUAUUCGGUGCCUUGCGAAAGUCUUCACACCUGUUGAACUUUUUCCACAUUUUGUCAUGUUAUAAACACAAACUUGAUCUUGAUACCGUUUCUUCAGUGGUGUACUCAGUUGAAACUCUGGGGUCUCUUCAUUCAGAGAUUUAACAACAGUCAGAGAAUAGGGGAAGAAAUACACACACUUUUCAGAUUUUUAUUUGGUAAGAAAUUUUGAAAGCCAUGCGUUUUCCUCCUUCCACUUCACAAUUGUCAUUUCCGUAGUUAUUUGUUCUCAUACUCUAGCUUUUUUUUUUUUAAAUGCGUUUUUGUUAUAUUUUUUUCUGACGCUUCCAAAAAUAUCAAACGUCGAUUAAAA